AACAAAAAACCAAAUUACGAACCGACUCAGACGAAAAUGUUACCUCCUCAAACCCUCAAUGGAAUGCUCAGGUCACAGUGAUAGAGACAGAGAUGGUGGAGAUGGCGAAAGCUUUGAGCAGCGGAACGAUGGAUAGGAUUUCCGAUAGACUAUCGCAGCUUGAUAAUCUUUACUUCCCACGCGCCGUCCAGUCGUCGGCCGCCACGCCUUCCCACCGGAAGUCCCUCCUCCUCGACCUCCUCUCUCGCGAUGUCCCCCUUUUCUUAGAGCGCUAUGGAUCACUUUUGGCAGAGGAAGAGCUUAAAGAAUUUGACGUGUUAAAGGAUGAUUAUGAAAUCAAUUGGCACCUAAACCAUCUGCUUAGUGUGAUUAGCCCAAGUCAGGAGGAAUUGAAGUCCAGAUCAGUGAAGAUUAAGAACCGGAGGCGGGCAUAUUUGGACAAGUUGAUUAGUGGCGGGCAAUACUUCUCGGAGGAUGCAAUGAGGGAAAGGGAGCCGUAUUUGCACCAUGAGUAUGUGGGGAAGUUUCAGGAUCCCAGUGGGAGGAGCAUGGCAAGGCCUGGGGAGCGAUGGUCAGAGACACUGAUGAGGCGGUCAGAGGAGGCGAUGCUGGUGGAGAAAAUCAGGAAUGAGCAGCAGAAACGAGGCGUGGCUCAAAGUGAUUGGAUAGGGUUUGGAAGGGAUAUGGAGGAGGAGGAGGAAGAAGAAGAGGAAGAGGAAGAAGAAGAAGAAGAGGAUGAUGAAGAUGAGAAGGAAUUGGAGUUGGAAGAAGAAGGGGAAAAGGAUGAAAAGCAAAAUCCAAAGGACACCAUGGAGAAUGGACCUGAGAUACACGCAAACAAUCCUGAAGGCAGCAACAACCUCCCAUACGCAACCGCAAUACCUGCUGAGAUGGAGAGCUUGUCUGUGGAGGAUAUGCAAGACCGAAUGGACCAGUUCACGUACAUCAUGCAACAGAAAUUUUUAUUAGGCGAAGAUAACUUGGAUUACUCAAAAAUUGACGAUGACGAAGCCUUGGAUGAUCAUUGGAUAAAAGAAGCAAAUUAUGAUGCUGAAGAGAAGUACUUUGACGACAUCUGAAAGAAGGGCGGGCUACACACAGGCAGUCUUCAGUGUACAUUUCAAUUGAACGCUUUCACAUCUUGCACACUGACUGCUUUGUUUUCAAUUCUCAGGCAGCUCUUCGUUUUGCUUACGCCAGAGGUUGCUGUUUGUAAUGUAAAUUAACUAGUUGGAAUCAGGUAAUCUUCUUUCAACGAGGUUUGGUAUGAAUAGUAGUUGGAUGCCUGAAUAGAGUUUCUCAAUCAGUUCUGGGUUGAAUAUUAGCAGUGUUGGAUCCUCUUGGAGAAA